AUGAGCGACCUGGAAGCAGAGAUGCCUGACCUCACCUACGGCCGCGGUGAACUCUCUGCGGCGACUUACGGCUCAUGGGGGGCCGACAACGUCGAGAAGGUCGUCGUGCAGCAGACGGCCGAGAGCGGCGUCUCCGUUGAGGUGAUGCCGGGCGGCCGCGAGCGCGGGCUUUGCGGCCGGAGGGGCACCGAGUUUGACCAUGUCUUCCCGCUCGAGUGCCUGCGCUGGGGCCACAAGCCGAAGGGGCACAAUAACCGCGGCGGGUUCUGCUUUUACUGCGUGCGGGCGCACGCAG